CGCCUGGUGUUCCUCUUACGGUAGCAAUGGCCAUAUCGAAAAAGAUGAGGGACAUCACAGACAGAUCUCGACUGUGGUCGCAAGUUCUGAAGUUGUUGAAGAAGAUUCCGCAAGACAGCCUGGUACUCUUGAUGUUUCUGACAUCUAUUGCUCGCCGACUGGAGCAGGGAGGCAUGACCAUUGAUGGCCAUGAGCCUUCUCGACACCUACUCAAGGGGCUAUGGCCUUGCGCUCUGGCUUCAUCAGAAGAUCCCUUGGCAGGUCAGCGAAUCUCGAGGCUCUUAGUACAGCACUGCGACGAUUUUCCGGCCGCAUUUCCUGUCGUGCUCCAAGCCGUCAACUAUCGCUUUGCGAGUGGCAAAAGAUAUAAUGUGCUGGCCCUGAUAGCCGAGAACAAGAGAUACAAGACAGGGACGCGUGGAGUACACGAGAUAGCAAUGGCCGAACAUAGUCAUAGACCCUUUCAAUGGUAAAGAUAAUUGAAC